ACUGCAGUGUACUGCAGUAUAUAGACUAAAUAGAACCAGCAAAAUUUCAAGGAGAGAAUCAGAGAUUGCUCGCUGUUCGGAUUGAGCUAGUUAAAGAGAUUUGCGUGGAGAUGUGGGUCGGGGGAGGCGCCGUUAAGACGUUCGUGAGGUAUUUUUCGCGGAAACGCGCUCCAAAUCUGAGGAAGAUCAACCCGAAAGUGCCACCCCAAGAGGCAUCCACCAUCGCUCAUAAUAUAUAUCAGAUCAUCAAGGAUAAAGGACCUCUUACCGUUUCCAACACUUGGAACCAUGCCAAGGAAGCUGGUAUUAGCGGAUUGAGCAGCAAAACACAUAUGAAGAUAAUGCUGAAAUGGAUGAGGGGAAGGAAUAUGCUGAAGCUUCUAUGCAAUCAUGUGGGUUCCAGUAAGAAAUUUCUCCUCUCUACACCUGAAGGGUCGCUGACUGCUGGACAAUCAGUGACCUUGAAACCAAAGCUGGAAACCGAAAAGCCUUCAUUGAAGAGGAAACAGAAAAUUUAAUGAAAUAAAUACUUGCUCAAUGGUUAGUAACAACAAUCCUUUCCAUGAUGAAUGACAGUCGUUGAAUGGGCUCGAUUACUCUCCUUUGCUGAGUAUAACAUCCAAUUUGUUUUGGUUUGAACUGUUAGAUGGUUUGAUCUCUUGGUGUUGGUUUGAAUUCAUAUGCUUAGGAAUUGGAUGUAGCUUUUGGUCUGAGGUUAGUAGUUAGAAUGGGUUUACAUGACCAUGUACCAUGUACAGAGCUGCAUGAUCUGUUGUACCUUAAGAUGCACAGGAGUUGGAGCAACUGAUCUCUUUCCCACUGUGCAGAUUAGGUAUAACCUCAUUGGAUGCUGCUGCCAUGAUUUAUCUUUUUGAUAUUUUUUGGUAAUAAUCUUUUUGAUGACUUGAUACUACCACUAAUUGAGACCAUGACUUAUCUUGUUGAUGAA